UAUUUAAAAAAAUAUAAAAAAAUAAAAAAACAUCGUAAUUGCAUUGCUCUGAAGUGUGACAGUACAGCAUUUCAGUAAUAUCCCUAAACUAAACAUAUUCACACGCUGCAUAAUGGGGUUGUGAACUGAGAGACGGUCCCUUAGCACUCCACACCCGGUAGUUCAUGGGAUGUUGGAGGACCGAGAGGAGGAGGCUGCAGUAUCAACAUCUUCAGGGUGGGUGAGACACCCUUUUAUUGAAAUAGAAAAGGAAAUGAUCAGUUCAUACCGCAUACAGUGCAACGAUUGGGAGAAUUUUAAAAGCACAGUCUGUACAGGGUGAAUGUGGAUUCAUAUGUGGAGUUGUAGACUUGUCUUCAAAGCACGGGCAAGGUGAUGCAGCAGUGGCAGCGAGACGGAGCUGAGCUGUCCGUCACACUCGCCUUUAGCUAGCUGGCUAGUUAUCUGGCUAGGUACUUCUGCAGAGAAAGCGGAGUAGCCAGUCAGAACGCUGUGUGCAAAUAUACAGUCACUUAAUAUUUUUGUUGAAAGGAACAUGAGGACGGACAGCUGUAUGUCAUGCAGCGACUGCUUUCUUACUCGAAAUCGACUAUUUAAGACAGGGGCCAUCCGGUGAAGACACUUCGACAGCAUCGCACAGAGCGGCCUGGUAACUUGCUAGCUAUCUGAAGACAUCAUCUUCAUAAAAGCCAGGACAUGGAUCAGAUUGACAAUAGGAUUUGCACGAAUGCAAUAACUGCUAUCAGCUGAUGGAACUAACGUUUUUCAAGGAAACAAUUGAACUUGAUUUCUGGGAACAUACUGGCCGAAAUGAGAUAGUAGAAUAACGCAUGUAACGCAGCGAACUUAGCAAAGUAUACAAACAACUUAUUAAAUACUAAGAAACCAUGACCACCCCGGCUCUUCUGCCUCUGUCGGGUCGGAGAAUACCCGCUCUUGCCCCCGGUGCCUCCUCCUUCCCACAUCACAGGGCAACGCUAAGGCUCUCAGAGAAGUUCAUCCUCCUCCUCAUCCUCAGUGCCUUUAUCACGCUGUGUUUUGGAGCGUUUUUCUUCCUUCCCGACAACUCCAAACAUAAGCGCUUCGACCUGGGACUGGAGGACGUGUUGAUACCGCACAUCAACUCCAAUAAGGAAGGGAGACAUCCUAGCGGGCAAAUCAUCCACGGGCAGGGUGGACACGAUGAACACCGUCACAGGGAGGAGGAGGAGAGCCUGCAGAGCAAGAUCCGCGCGGACCACGAGCGGGCCCUGGAGGAGGCCAAGGAGAAGCUGCGGAAGAGCCGGGAGGAGCUGCGGGCCGAGAUCCGCACCGAGAAGACCCGGCUGGCCCAGGACCUGAAGAAGAAGGACGGCGGCAGGCCCCUCCCCCCGGUGCCCAUGCCCAAACUGGUGGGGGUGAACAACGGCGACCCCGGGGACCCCGACGUCAAGGAGAAACGGGACAAGAUCCGAGAGAUGAUGAAGCACGCGUGGGACAGCUACAGGCAGUACGGGUGGGGCCACAACGAGCUCAAGCCCCUCGCCAAGAAAGGACAUUCCACCAACAUCUUCGGAAAUUCCCAGCUGGGAGCCACGAUCGUGGACGCCUUGGACACCCUCUACAUCAUGGGCCUCCACAGCGAGUUCAAGGACGGCCAGGAGUGGGUCGAGCAGCACCUGGACUUCAGUGGGAAUGUGGAGGUUUCCGUCUUCGAGGUCAACAUCCGCUUCAUCGGUGGUCUUCUGGCAGCCUAUUAUUUAUCAGGACAGGAGGUGUUUAAGGUGAAGGCGGUCCAGCUGGCCGAGAAGCUCCUGCCCGCAUUCAACACCCCGACGGGCAUCCCCUGGGCCAUGGUGAACCUGAAGAGCGGUGUGGGUCGGAACUGGGGCUGGGCGUCGGCUGGUAGCAGUAUCCUUGCCGAGUUUGGGACCCUCCACAUGGAGUUUGUUCACCUGACGUACCUGACUGGAAAUCCGGUCUACUAUCAGAAGGUGAUGCACAUUCGUAAGCUGCUGGCCAAAAUGGAACGACCCAACGGGCUGUACCCCAAUUACCUGAACCCUCGGACCGGCCGCUGGGGACAGCACCACACGUCGGUGGGGGGCCUGGGCGACAGCUUCUACGAAUACCUGCUCAAAGCCUGGCUGAUGUCCGGCCGGACGGACGUGGAGGCGAGGAAGACCUACGACGAAGCCAUAGAGGCCAUCGAGCACCACCUGAUCCGCACGUCCAGCAGCGGCCUCACCUUCAUCGGGGAGUGGAAGAACGGCCACCUGGAGCGCAAGAUGGGUCACCUGACCUGUUUCGCCGGAGGCAUGUUUGCGCUGGGCGCCGACGGCUCUCCCGACGACAAGGCGGGGCACUACCUGCAGCUGGGGGCCGAGAUCGCCCACACCUGCCACGAGUCCUACGACCGCACAGUGCUGAAGCUCGGCCCGGAGGCCUUUAAGUUCGACAGCGGCCUGGAGGCCGUGGCCGUGCGGCAGAACGAGAAGUACUACAUCCUGCGGCCGGAGGUCAUCGAGACGUACUGGUACAUGUGGAGGUUCACCCACGACCCCAAGUACCGGCAGUGGGGCUGGGAGGCGGCGCAGGCCAUUGACAAGUACUGCCGUGUGAGCGGAGGCUUCUCCGGCGUCAAAGACGUCUACUCGUCCAACCCCACCUACGACGACGUGCAGCAGAGCUUCUUCCUCGCAGAGACACUGAAGUAUCUGUACCUGCUGUUCUCUGGCGAUGACCUCCUCCCCCUGGAGAACUGGGUGUUCAACACGGAGGCCCACCCCCUACCCGUCCUGCACCAGGGCAACCUCACCCUGCCCGGGACAAACGCCCUGCGAUAGGAGGGGCCGCACGGGACGCCCGAAGCAGGACCGUCCCGCCACUCUCCUCCCCCCUUCAGAAGGGCCGCAGAGAGAAGGGGCGGGGCCUCUGCUCCUGCACGCGGUCACGUGACGCGGUGAGCUCACGGGGGUCACCUGACCAGGCCUACUUUGUACUUUAUUCCAUUGUUUCCCAUCUGACCAAACGUCCAUGCGCAGCGCACAGGAGGACCACGGGACCGGUCUCUGCACAUUCACAGACUCUGCUGGGAGAGGGUGUAUAUUUAUCAUUCCUGGAUGGACACACUGACUGCAGCCGCUGCUGUGAGCGGAGAUAUGUGUACAUAUCUCUGCAUUUAUCUGUUUAAAAAGACAGGCUGGCGAGGACACUGGUUUCUACUGGGCUGGGAUGGACCUUAGUUUCUGUGGACAGACAUGCCUGCAGACAGAUGGACAGCGAUUUUCGCGGAGUGGAUGUGCACUCGUUUAUGUUGCGCACAUGUAAGAUCGUGAGGAUUUCUUUUUCUGGGGCGUUAUUUCCACCCCCCUUCCUAAUUUCUGGCUUGAACACGGUCGACGCUAACCCCAAACUACAGCACUACCGGUUUACUCCUCCCGGUGAUGACCUUUGACCUGGAACUAUACUGACUUCCUGUCACACUCACUUUGGUGGGACAGAGAGGGUCUCCAUGUUGGGUGGGGUCAAUCAGUUGGCGGUGUCCUGCUGUUUUUGUCCAUGGCCUCAUUCUCAGUCUCCGGGCUCGAGGAUCAGCUGAGAAAAAGUGUACAUUGGCCGUAGCCGUGGAUAACGUACAGUACAGUACAGUGUCAUGUUGCCCAACUGCCCCAGUCAGUGGUGACCUUUCAUCCGUAGCUCUCUCUCUCGUCCUCACAGUGGAACAGAUAAACGCUGUCUGCUUACGUGCUGUAGGAGUUGUGUAAUGGUGGGCUGUUGAUUAGGGAGCCUUCUGCAGCAGGUGCAGAAGCUGGACUGGGGAGGCUGUGCUGUGCUUCUGCAGUCUGGCUGACCAAUUGCAGUCCGAGACGUUUAAAUUACACCAAUCGCACCUCCUUCCUGGAAGUCAACUGUCCCUCAGUUCCAAACCAUCGACCGUAGGCCUGAUUAACUCAGUUCACGUUCAGCACCAUUAUGUUCCUCAACGUCCCACGUCGAGUCAUUCUUAAGUCAUCCCCAAUCGAUGUUUUCAAUGAAGAUGAGGGUAUUUAAACACUGUGUGUGAUAAGCCAUGUUCUAAAUGUAAAUUUUUGAAUAAAAGGUGAGUAGGGAAAGAUUUUUUUUUUUUUGACUGGUUGUCCAGUCGGGUGUCAGUGUAGGAGAGAGGGUGGCGUGCUGUGGAGGCUGGUGUAGACAGCGCUGUCUUACGUAAGAGCUCUGUGGGAGAGUCAGGACGCAGAUAAACGCGUCAGCGGGGAGCUCCCAGGGACCACACUGCCGGAGGCGCCAUGGACAUUCUGCCUUGUGCACAGUAGUGUUCAGUGUUAAAUCAACUCUUACAGUGUACUUGUUGUCCUUACCCUGUUAGAGUUGGAUUUACACUGGACUCUUUUACUGUGUCUGUAUACUCUCCUGGUUGAUGGUUGACAUUUAGACAGUGCAGUCUGCUUUAGAAGUUGCCUACUGGAUGCUCCCUUCCAGUAAAUCUCCCUACUGCCACCUAGUGGUGUAGAUCUUACGCUUCUGUUUCCCCUGUCUCCCCAAAAAGAUGAAUGUGAUGGCUAAAGAUUUCCAUACCUACCUUCACUAAACGCUGAAAAGGUGCAAUUACCCCCCCUCCCCCCAAACAUAAAUCCAUUUUAUUCUCACUGGCCAGUACGUCCCAUGUGACAUGAUGAUGUGAUGUUGUAUGACUUCUCCAGGCAUUACGACAUCCGCCAGCACACACACAUGCAUACAUACAUCAGGCCCAGUAGAACACCUCUUCACUGGCAUUGUUACACAGGCACAUACACUACAUUUCCUCCAGGCACCUGCCCCCUUCCCCGUGCUGGCUUUCAUCGCCAUUGUCCUCCUGGUGUCAGCAGGAAUGACGCUUAUGACCUUAUAAGGGUUAUCUCUGGUGGAAGUAUGGUGGCCUUUAGCUUCAGCUUCACUCAGUAGAUGUCUAUUGUAUAUGCCGACGCAGUACAGUAAUUUGCCCCGUGUUGUCUGUACACCAGUUGUCAUAAUUAACAGGGGUUGUUACUUGUACUUUAUUGUGUUUAUCUCUGCUGUUAACAGUGCUGUCAACGCACUAUUUGUUGUGCAUGUUGGUGUGUCAGGCUGAUUGAAGUUUGAACUUCCAGACCUGGAAACUGCAUUGUGGAGGUAUGAAGACUUACGGGGAAUGAUAAGGUCGAAUUGCAUUGUGCUGUAUUCUUUAGAGAGGUACACUACCAGUCAUACAUUUUAGUACCCACAGUUUCCAAGCAAUCAGAGAUAAAACAGUCAUCUUUUAUUUUACCAAAAAUGAUCAAAUUAUCAAAUUAUCAAAAUUCUAGAUUCAUCAAAAUAGCCACCUUUAACAGUGUGGUUAAAGGUAUGGUUCUGAAAUUUCACACCUACAGUGUUGCAGAAGUUUCCAACGAUGUGCUGCACUUGUGGGUUGCUUCUCCUUGGCCUUUGUGUCCAGUUCAUCCCAAACCAACUUGAUUUCACUUCAGCUGUUGCCAGAUAUGGGGUUUUACUGAACUGCAAAAUUUUUGUCACUAUCCUGUGAAGUAAGAUUAUUUUUAACUUCCGACUAUUCACUUCUUACCUUGUGCCUUUUGAGGUUAUUUACAGAAGUUAAACUGCUUAAAGUUCAUUAAAAAACACUAAACACUAAAGCACUAAAACACAAGUAAUGUGUACUAAAACUUUUGACCUGUAGUGUACCUCAGGUGUCCUUUAAGACUGAGAAGCUCAUAAUGAAGUCCGGUAAUCUGAAUACUAAUAUCAGUGAGGGUGGUCGACCACGGUAUCAGACGGUUGAAAGAAACGCGUCACACGAGCUGCGUGAUCUCUGCUCCUGCUGACACUCUGGUGCUGUUCGAGUCCGGCUCCUUUUCUCCAUUCGUCGCUGUGGUUCUGUCCGUGUUUGACCGUCCUUUUGCACUUUCUGUGGCCCUGUGUAAACUGAGUUCCGACAGAGCCGCAUGUUCUCUGUAUGUUGCCUUAAGAAAAGACAAAAAAAAAAAAAAGACGUAGAAAAAGAGAAAGAACAAGGACUUUCUGGGGGAGUUAGAUUUAUUUGUUUAAGUCGCUUAAUGUGUAAAUGUGUUUGUCCGGGGCUGUUCGAGGAGAGAGGUAGAAUGUUUUCCAACGUCGUACUUGAAUAAAAGACCUCUCUAAUGGAACCAGACAAUCACAGAGGAUCAACAGCCCCUCCCUGCCUCUCCUGUAACGGGGUGGGGGCGGUGCAGGAAUCCCUGGAGAUGUGAAGAACGAGCGGAUGAUCAGCGCCGCCAGCGUGCUCUUACCGUUGGGCACCUUCUUUAGUGGAAAUGAAGGAAGACUUUGAGCCUCUGACACUUCCUUUCUUGUUCCCCCAGGGGGCGGUAGUGACACUCCGCUGGCCUGGCUUGCGUUGUGUUGGUACUGGGUUUGUUUGGUUGUUUUCGGUUUCUGUUUUUUCUACUCAACAUCAUCAUGACAUCAUCUUCUGUUUCCAGAUGGACCCUGAGCUCAACUUGGAUGUCUUCUUUGACCUGCGGAUUUUCAGACACAGUAUUCCACAUUUGUAUUUUUACUGAUCAAAAUGAAUUGUAAAUAUGUUUAAAAUACAAAACAGAGUAAAAAAAAAUACUGAUUCAAUAAACAUGGUGAAAAAUUA